AUGCCUUUCUCACGUGUUAAGGCCCUUUUUCUUUCCCUACAUGAAAGAUAUGGUCCGAUUUAUACCCUGUAUAUAGGCUCAAAGCCCUUAAUCGUUAUUGCCAGUCACUCCCUUGCCCAUCAAGCCUUGAUUGAUAACAGUGUCAUCUUUGCUGACCGUCCCCAAGCAAUGGCCACUGAUAAGUUCCUCAGCUGUGACCAACAGAACAUUUCCUCGGCAUUCUAUAGCCCUACAUGGCUCCGGCUCCGCCGUAAUCUUACCUAUAAUAUCCUGCAUACUUUGCGGAUAAAAUCCUUUGCAUGUGCACGUAAAUGGGCCUUGGAUGCACUCAUCAACCGCCUAAAGUCUCACUCAUCAUCUUAUGAAUAUCAUCACACUAAAAUCAGAGAGCAUAUACAACAUGCACUCUACAGUUUGUUCGCUUUUAUUUGCUUUGGUGAGAAGCUUGAAGACAAGAAAAUUCAAGAUAUCAAUGAUCUGCAGCGACGCCUACAGUUGAGCUUUGAUGAAUUCAAAGUACUCAAUCUGUUUCCAAGUUUGGGGAAAUUUGUCUUUCACAAGCGAUGGGAAAAGCUUCGUCAGCUUCGACAGGAUCAGGAAAAACUAAUGGUACCUUUAAUAAAAGCUAGAAAGGCGAUGAGGGAAGGAAAAAACGAAAAGGAUGAGGCUUUCCUUCCCUAUGUUGACACUUUGUUUGAUUUACAACUUAAAGAGGAAAACAGGAAACUUGAAGAAAAGGAAAUUGUGACAUUGUGCUCUGAGUUCUUCACUGGAGGCAUUGAUACUACUUCCACAACUCUAGAAUGGAUCAUGGCUAAUUUGGUGAAGCACCCACAUAUUCAAGACAAGUUAUUCAAGGAAAUCAAAGGGGUUGUCUCAGACGGGGAAGUAGAGAUUAAGGAUGGAGAUUUGAGGAAGAUGCCAUAUCUUAGAGCCGUUAUCUUAGAAAGUUUAAGGCGUCAUCCUCCUAGCCAUUUUCUAAUCCCACAUACGGUAACAAAAAAUGUUGUUUUGGGUGGUUUUUAG